CAAACCACCACGUUGUCUGGAAGAGAAAUGAAACUUGAUUCCUCAUGGCAAAAUUCAAGAUUAAUACUGUUGUGCUGAGUGAACGUCACACAAUCUCUCAUCAAUCCAAAGUAUCCCCUGAAAAAGCCUUUAUCUCGUAUGAAGAAAGGAGUUUCUCCGGUCCUGGUUAUUCUCUGGCUCGCCUGUUCACCUGGCUGCCAGCUGCUCGUCCAAGCCCAGAUGAAUGCCGGAGCUCCGUCCAGGAUCCGAUGAUUACAGGGCAGCUCAGCAAGCCGCUGCUCUCCCUGCGCAGCGACAUGAGCGCGGCAGAACUACGGGCAGACGACAAAGUGGCCACCCCGGACAGCGAUCUGAACGACGAGCCCCUGCUCCUGCCCUCCGAUGCGGCCGACAGAGAGGGGACUCCAGCCAAGCUGUACGGGGCACGCGACGGCUCGGUCCAGUCUGACAUCAGCAGCAGUCCGUCUGAGCAGAGUCAACUGGGCCAGUCUCACCCUGGAUACCCCAUGGGCCCACAGUCUCUCCUGGUGGCGCAGCAGUUGGCGAACGCAGUGGGAGGUGUGAUGUCUGGAGCAGCACCAGGCAUGAACCAACCCAUCCUCAUACCCUUCAACGCUGGGGGUCACCUGGGAGGCCAGCAGGGUCUCGUCCUCUCCCUGCCCACGACCAACCUCCAGAGUCUGGUGGCUGCUGCUGCUGCAGGGGGCAUCAUGACCCUCCCCCUCCAGAACCUGCAAGCUACCUCGUCACUGAACUCCCAGCUCCAGCACCUGCAGCAGCUCCAGCAGAUGCAGCAGCACCAUCACCACCAGCAGCAGCAGCAGCACCACCAACAGAACCAGCUGUCGUCCCAGCAUCACAUGACUUCGCCCAGCCAGCAGCAGUCGUCCGUCCCGUCGCCAGGUUCCGCCUGCUCUUCUACGUCCGGACACCCACAACAGUCGCCGCCUCACCGACCGAACCAGUCUCCGGCCCGGAGCCUCCCCUCACCUGUCACCCCGCCCAUGCCCAUGCCGAUGAAUCCACUGGCCAGUCAGGCAGCAGUAGCAGCAGCAGCAGCGAUGGGUUCCAUCGCCGGGUCCCAGGUGUUUGGCAACACUCUGUCCAACCUGCAGGGGGCCACUGGUCAGCUGGUCACCAACGCACAAGGACAGAUAAUUGGAACAAUCCCACUGAUGCCCAACUCUGCAGGGCCCUCCAACCAAUCAGGGGGUGGUAACCCGGCGCUACAGGUACAGCCAAUUACACCUCAGCUUCUGACCAACGCUCAAGGCCAGAUCAUCGCCACGGUGAUCGGCAAUCAGAUCCUGCCUGUCAUCAACACCCAGGGAAUCACGCUGUCGCCAAUCAAGCCCGGACAGCAGCUGCCUACUGCUCAGCAGGGUCAGACGGGUCCAACGUCAGCUCAGCCAAACCUGCUCCACAUGCCACACAGACAGAGUCCUCUCCACCAGGCCUCCUCCUCGUCCUCCACCUCCUCCUCGUCCUCGGCUCUCAGCGUGGGGCAGCUGGUCAGCAACCCACAAACGGCUCCCAGCGAGGUGGACGGAGUCAACCUGGAGGAGAUCCGUGAGUUCGCCAAAGCGUUCAAGAUCCGCCGCUUGUCGCUGGGACUGACCCAGACUCAGGUGGGCCAGGCGCUCAGCGCGGCCGAGGGUCCGGCCUACAGCCAGUCCGCCAUCUGCAGACACACCAUCCUGAGAAGCCACUUUUUCCUACCACAGGAAGCCCAAGAGAACUCUGUAGGUAGCAGUCUGACUGGCAAACUGAACCCUGGCCUUUUAUAUCCUGCCAGGUUUGAGAAGUUGGACAUCACCCCUAAAAGCGCCCAGAAGAUUAAGCCCGUUCUGGAGCGCUGGAUGGCCGAGGCGGAAGCCCGCCACCGGUCCGGCAUGCAGAACCUGACUGAGUUUAUCGGCAGCGAGCCUUCCAAAAAGCGCAAGCGGAGGACCUCGUUCACCCCGCAGGCGCUCGAGAUCCUCAACAGCCACUUUGAGAAGAACACGCAUCCGUCCGGACAGGAAAUGACGGAGAUAGCGGAGAAACUCAACUAUGACAGGGAGGUGGUGCGGGUCUGGUUCUGCAACAAGAGGCAAGCCUUGAAAAACACCAUCAAGCGCUUGAAACAGCCCGACAUGGGCGGCAGCGCCCCCAUGGACCCUCUCACCGACCCGCUGGAUGAGAUCCCCAAAUAAACCCGCCCCCCCACUACCCCACCCCGAGGAGGAACUGCCGCCGCGUCAGCCGGACGCCUGUGUUGUCAGUGUGAUUCUGUAAAUGACCUCGAUGAAACCAAAAAAAAAAGGAAAAAAAAGAGAGUAAUAUCAGAGAAUUAUGUACAAAAGACUUUAAAAUUGAGUUUUACAUUCUUCAACGAGCAGAUUCAUCCAAAUUCCGGCGGAGGGAUUUAGUCACGAUGAAACCAAAUGGAAACACUAUCUACCAAAGUCUGUUGCGUCGCAGAAUAAUUUUGUAAUGUAAAUGUGCUCAAAAUUUUUACAUUUGUACGAGCAAAUCUACGCGUGAGUCUCUCGCUUUCAUUUCAUCCUUGUUUGUAAAUAUAUUUAAAGUGAAGAAACGCUGUUUGAAUUUAAGCCACUCGGAAGAAUAAAUCACCUCUAGACAAAAAAAAAGAAGCUGUGAAACAACUAUGUUAUAUUGUUGUGUUUGGUUUUCCCGCCACGGUGUGACUUUGUACGACCAGUGAUGAAGAUGAUGAUGAUGGUGGUGGUCAGAGUCUGUGACUGCAGCUUUGUUUUCCUCUCGUUCUGUUGCCAAAGCCUGAUAGCCAAAGAACACAUACACGUCCGCUCAAGGAUUCGGGAAGAGUUUCAUUUUUGACACAUUUUUCUAACGUAUUUUAAUCAACUUUAACAAAAAAAAAAAAAAAUCAUGUCAAACUAAAAACGCCGUCGUAGAUUUAAAUAAAAAGCUUUGUACAUUUCUGCUGAUUUCUCUGCUCCCAAGUUGGUGACGUGGCUAACAAACAUCGGUUUUACAAGAAACACGUGAUGACAAACAGCCCUUUAAUCCUAAUGUACAAAACUGGAGAGGCAUUUCCCUGAUGUGUUUUCGUUCUUCUUUAUAAUCUGACCUCGUCCACACGCACGUUUUUUGUUUUUUUUUUUAAAAAGAGCUGCGUUGUGGUCGACAAACUCAACUUUUUUAAGUCACUUUACCCUGUAACUGCACUGUGUAGGAGGAGAGCAACAUGUCAUACAUUUCUCUGUUUGUAGUCAACAAUUUGGUAACACGAAAGGAAGGCUACAAGUUGCACUCUCUGUUUACGGCCAUGUGAAGAUUUCUGCUUGCACGGCAGCCAUUUUUAUUCCUAUUAUCAUCUGGUGAUAGGUGCUAGCAGUCAGCAACUGUCUCUCCACUUCCUUGAUGUGUUAUCCAAGGAAGAGAGGCUCCAUCACAUGACAAAAGUAGAGACAUCGCAAAACAGUUGGUCAAAAAACUCAUGGCCACGGGGCCAUAUCUGACCCGGCAAGUCUUUUCGUGUGGCCCACAAAAGCUUUGAAUCAUUGGCUGCUGAAAUGUAAAUACUUGGUUACCAUGGUUACCAUUCAACAGAUAUUGAUGCAGUGAAUUAACAAACUUCCAAAGACAAAAUGGAUUUGAGAACAACAAUGUAUGUGAAAACACAGCUUUAACUCCACAACUAGCAGUAGUUCAAUAACUAGAAACGUACUGCGUUUGAAAUUUUGGCUCCUUGAGUUUGACAAAUUUUUAAGUGUAACCGAAAAUGAGUUAUGAAAUCUGAAUCUGAUGACAAAAUCAAACAUUUACAAACCGUUUUUUUUUUUUUUAAGAAAAUAUAUGAGACCUUCACAAAAAUAUAAAAUGCUCAGUAUAUUUGACAAAAAUGCAAAAACUAAUUUAAUCACAUACAUACUUAAUGAUAUAAUUUGAUGUAUACUAAUACCGACAGUCACAAAAAUACCAUCGAAAAUUUGCAAAGCAGUCAUUACAAAUUAUUAUUAUAUUACACACAAAAAAUGUCAAAAUAUAAUCAGACAAAAUAUACAUGACAAAAAAUGAAAAUCUUCAUUUGGCCUGAUUUAUUCCUGUGAUAAAAUACAUCCAAUUUUUGUGUAAUUGUUUGUGUUGCAAGGCAGAAAAGUGUAGUACAUGUUGCUCAGGGUUCAUCACAUCUUGUGUUAUUUAUGAUGCAAACAGAUGCUAUUUAAAAUAUAAUCAAUGAUGGUUGUAUUAAAAAAAACGACUUUGUUGACUGAGUUCUGUAAACCAAAUAGUUGUGGCUAUUUAUUUAUUUAUUUGUUUGUUCUCCAUGUAUUUCUGUUGAAGGUUUCUGUAUUUAUUAAUUUAUUUAUUUGUCUGAAGUGACUUGUGUUGUUAUGAGUGAGAAGCCAACACCGUGUCAACCUCCCAGAGAACGUUCAGUAUUCCUCAUCAAAUAUCAAUAAUCCCGCGCUCGCCGCCGCCUCCUGCCAACCCUCCCGAGAGCAACAACAAAAACGAGGUGACUGCUGAGAAGGAGUGUCACAUGUCACAUCGAGUCAAGUGAAAUUGACACAAGGUGAAAUUUGAUGCAAUUUAUUCUGAGUCAUGUGUCUGUUUUAUUUCCGUGUCCGCGCGUCACGUCGGUGGUUUUUCAGACUUUCUCUCUGUAAAUGGAUAAAAAAAGGACUUUUUAUGAGAACUGUUGGGAAAUAAUGUUUAUCUCUUUUGAUGUGAGCCGACGUCACGCGCGAGAGUGUGUCCCAGACUUUUUGGUCGUAUCCCGUUCAUCUUGGGUAGAACAGACUUCACUCUUUUUUUCUUUAUUAUUCAAGAGUUGAACCCAUGUCGGUGACGGUCCGUUUCGACCCGCAGUUAUGGCUGACUCCUUCCAACAUAAUUCAGACACCUGGAGUCGAGCUUCUUCUUCUUUGCUUGUGGUGGUUAAGGAGUCUAGUAAGGGCCUCCAACUCCAUUGUAGUUGGAGCAUCCACACUCUGGCCCAGGAACUCCACAUGGCAACAUUAGUUUCUCGUGUGAAGUCGGCGAGGAUUCCUGUUUGGCUUAUCAUCAUAAACAUGUUGCGAUGCCCCCCAUGAGUGAUUGAAAGAACUCAUUCAGCUGAAGAACCAAAACUGCCGACUGGACCUUUUCCCAAAGGAAGGAACUGUUGUGGCUGCUGUCCCUACUUCACCCCACUCCAUGAAGCUUCUGAAGGUCACUAAGCUACACCCUAGAAAUUAUUUAUGAAAGACCUUUUGGUGUCCAAGUGACCCAGCUACAAAAUGGUAGUUGGGGGCGAAGGAAGAUGUCAAAACUGACCUAACCUUCAGGUCUUUUAGUGCCCUCCACAACUCACCUCCUCCAUCACAACUUUUUGUGAUCAUGAAACUGCCAAAAAAAAAUGCCAUUAUCGAUUCCAUAUGUCGUCCAAACACCUCAAAAACCAUUUGGAAAACUCACAACCCACCUGCAUCCCAGUACCACCUGUUUAACAUUAGAACUUUGUUCAUUUAUAGACUGUUUUUGUUAUAAAAAUUUGGCAACUAAAACAAAAAAUGCACUGUUGUGUGCCAUUGCUGAUUCCACAGCAGUCUAAAGGCUUACAACCCACCUCCACCCAAGCUCCACCUGAAGUUGUCGCACAUCGAGAAGACUCUUUAAAACGUCAAUUUUUUUUAAACUCGUUUUAUGUCAGUCAUUUUCUGGAUGUUUGAUUUUUUUUCUCCUCUGCACGCGUGGGAACGGACUCCAUCUUGUUCUGUUGCUUUGUUUACAGGCAACAGAUUAUCUGGACCAAACCUGUUCAAAGCAGAAGCCUCAGACCUGAAUCUGAACUCUGAUAACCAAAAACGGUGAGGUGCCGACGCUGCCUCGCUCACCUUGUCAAAGCUGGACCAAAGCUCUAUAGAUAUGCACAUUGUACAGAAGACUAGAUCCACGAUGACAAUCUUUAAAUCCCAGAAUAAUGGCGUGAACAUGUACAGUCAUUCGAAGAACCUCAUUCAAACCGACGAGAAGAACCUGUGUCUGUUUUUUUUUUUAGAGCUGUGUGACACAUGAUUGUUUGGUUCCCUCUUUAUUUGCUCUGAUUUCCUCACCGAGUCCUGUAGAUCAUCAUGUAGGGAAAAGAUGUUUGCUCUUCACUAGCUAGCGAUCACUGCUGAGUCAUCCGGAGACGCUUUUGUGGAAUUUUACUAACAACCGGUUUUUCGUAAAAACUCGAAACCAAAGCCGAAGAGCCCGCAGAGGUUUUUGUUUUUUUCAGACAGAAACUGUAAUCUUUAGAGCAAUAUCUGUUUGGUCAGUGAAGCAGCACUUUGUGUAUUUCUUAAAGAUGAGAGAAAAUAAGCUUCAAGUCUGUCACAUUAAUUUGUGCCAUGAUUAGUAAUAAACAAUUG